AUGGCUUCAAAAACGAACUCGGGGGUUGAAGAUGCCCCCGAACCAGCACAACUAGAAGCACACAGCAAGGAAGAAACAGUCCAUCCCGACGACCUCAUUGCACGAAUAUCCACCAUUGACAGGGCAUAUCAGGCUUCACCUCCGGAUGGCGGUCUACGAGCAUGGUGCCAGGUCCUGGCUGGACACUUGAUCGUCUUCAACACCUGGGGUUACAUGAUCAGUUUUGGUAUUUUCCAAUCGCACUAUGCCGAGAUGCUGUCCAUGGAACCAUCGGCCAUUGCCUGGAUAGGCAGCGUCCAAAUUUGCCUCGUCUUUCUAGUCGGCACGUUUGCCGGUAGAGCCUUUGACGCCGGCUACUACAAGAUUGCUCUCAUCAUCGGAAAUCUGCUCCAGCUUAUAGGAAUUGUUACAACUAGCGUCGCUCACACCUACUGGCAAGUGUUUUUGGCCCAGGGCAUAUGCCAAGGUCUUGGGUGCGGCAUUGUUUUUGCGCCAACGGUGGCCAACGUCUCUACCUACUUUUCCAAGAAGAAGAGCAUUGCUAUAUCUCUGGGUGCUUGUGGCGGUGCCACGGGAGGGAUGGUGUUUCCCUUGAUGGCGCAGCAGUUGUUGCCAAAAAUCGGCUUUCCAUGGACGGUACGAGCGAUGGGGUUGGUGGUCCUCGUUACGUCCGUCAUGGUGUAUCUGCUGGUUAAGCCAAGAUUGCCCCCGAGGAAAUCUGGUCCCAUCGUGGAAAUAGGCGCGUUCAAAGAGAGCACCUAUCUUUUGUUUGCGAUAAGCAUGUUCUUUACCUUGUGGGCUGCAUACUUUGCCUACUAUUAUGCACGAGCAUAUGCUCUGGCCAUCUUGGGCGGGUCGCAAUCUACCUCCUUCACGAUGCUGCUUGUUAUCAACGCCGUCGGUAUUCCAGGCCGCCUUGUCCCAGCUUUGAUCGCUGACCGAUACUUUGGCGCUGUGAACACCUUUAUACCCAUCAUAUUUUGCGCCGCUAUUUGCAUGUUUGGCUGGAUUGGGGUGCGCUCCAUCCCGGCGGACUAUGUCUGGCUGUGCAUCUAUGGGUUCUUUGGCGCGGCUAUCCAGGGCAUGUUUCCGUCUACAUUGGCCGGAUUGACAAAAGAUUUGAGCAAGGCGGAGACACCCUCAACUUUGGCACCCAGUCUCAUUCAACGAGCCAAAGCCCUCUCUGCCGAACACGAUGCCCUACAGAAAUCACUAAACGCCCUGUUUGAUUCCCAAAAAGCCAAAAGGGCGGGUGAACUGCAACGCGUCGCAACCGCCCUCGCAGCAUGGCAGAAAUCGCUUUCCUCCAUCCAGGAGCUGCAGGGCAUGGCAGACGACGAACAGGAUCCUGACCUGGCAGCCAUUGCGCGAGACGAGCUACAGACCGAAGAAGCGAAGCUCGAAUCGCUGGAAAAGAACCUCUCAACUAGUCUGACACCGCAGCAUCCUUUUGCCGACAUGCCCUGUAUGAUUGAGUUUCGCCCAGGGCCAGGCGGUCUCGAGGGCCGGUAUUUCACAGACUCCCUAUUCAAGAUGUACAAGGCUCUCUGCAUGCGACGGGGCUACCGCGCCAACGUUUUGAAAUACGAAAUGGCCGACGCGGCCGGCGACCAGUCGUCUUCCGCGGGUGAGAGUCCCGUACAGGAAGCCAUUCUCGAGGUUCAAGACCAAGGCGCGUACGAUAUUUUCCGCAGCGAAGCAGGCAUGCACCGCGUCCAACGAAUUCCCAGUACCGAAAGUAAGGGGCGAGUUCAUACGAGUGCCGUGGCGGUGUGGGUGUUGCCAUCCUUUCCAGAGAGCAGUGCCAGCGACAUAGACUUUGACGACCCCGAAAGCGACUUUUACGUGAAUCCGCAAGAAGUCAAGAUUGAAACGAUGCGUGCGCGUGGCGCCGGUGGCCAGCACGUCAACAAAACGGAAUCAGCGAUUCGAAUGACGCACAUUCCCACGGGUACGACCGUGUCCAUGCAGGAUCAUCGCUCGCAGCAGCGGAACCGAGAAGAUGCGUGGAAGCUGCUGCGUUCUCGUAUUGCAAGUCAGCGCGCCGAGCAGCGCAUGGAAGAAGCGUCGAGAUUGAGGAAUAGCGUGCUUUCGCAAACUCAGAUCACGCGAGGCGACAAGAUUCGCACGUAUAAUUAUAAUCAGGAUCGGUGUACAGAUCAUAGGGCUGCGUUGGAUGUUCACAAUUUACCUGACGUUUUGGAAGGCGGAGAGACGCUGGAUCGGGUGAUGGACGCAGCAAAGGAAUGGCUGGUUGCUAAGGAAAUUGAGAUGGUUAUUGCGGAGGAGGAGAUCAAGGUCACGGACAAGGCGUGA